AUGCAUCAUGCUCGGGCCGAGCAUAUAGCUGCCAUCGUCCACUACGAUGUUGCCUUCACCAUACUGUCCAUAUUCACGUCACUGGCGGGAUGUAUCACAACACUUGAGCUGCUACAUCGAAGGACUUCGACCAAGGGUCUCUUCAAUUGGUUCCUGUUCAUCGGAGCAUGUAUAGCCAUGGGUGGCACCGGUAUCUGGUCCAUGCACUUUAUUGCCAAUCGUGCUGUCAUCAUCGGUGAUGGGACCGCCCCCGAGCAGAUUCAGUACAGCCCUGGCUUUACUGCCCUGUCAGUCUUCUUACCCGUGCUUGUGCUCGGUGCCGCCUUCUACUUCCUCGGCACCGACCGUUCGAAAGCCCGACCCCUCUAUCUCACCCUAGCUGGUGUACUCACCGGCACCGCUGUCUGCGGCAUGCACUACGUGGGCAAUGCUGGCAUCCAAAAUUACCGUUGUCAAUAUCGAACCGCAAAUGUCGCGGGCGCUGCCGUCAUCGCUGUCGCUGCUAGCCUAGUCGCGUUGAGCGUCUUCUUCCAGCUUCGCGAGAGGUGGACGGAUAGCUGGUGGAAGAGAGCUUUGUGUGCUGUCGUGCUGGCAAGCGCCGUGUGCGGCAUGCACUGGACUGCCGCUGUUGGAACAACCUACCUGGGGCUGGGAGGAAAUACCUAUCAGGGCACGACGCGUGUCCAGACUGUUAUUGUUUGUGCGGUCCUGUCUAUCGGUUGCUGCCUUGUCCUCCUGAUAGUCGCCGUCGUCAGGGGUCAGAAGAUACGGCGGACUAGAACUCGUGCUCAGCAAGUCGUCCUCGCCUGUGCUUACUUUGACGAAACAGGUCGUAUCAUGGUUACCCAGGAGGGCGCCUUUCCUUGCCACAAGAUCACCAACAGAUAUUUCGAGAAAAAUUUUGGCGAGGAUGAACUGAGCCGGUCACAUCCUACGUUCUUGUGGAUCUUUAGGGCAUCCAGGAAUUGGUCAGCGGUCAAGGAGUUGGUACCCGGCAUGAUUGAGCAUCUCGACUCCGACCCACAUGCCCGUCAGUACCGACCAGGUUACAGUACACCGUCCAGUGACGCGUCCAGUGAAGUGUCUGUCAGCUUCAGCAACGUUUUCAAGCAGCUGUUUUGUGUAGCAGCCAGCCAACUCAGCUCUAUUGUGCACGAGCCCCUUGAGACCCUCGGAGUACUAUUCGAGGAAGCGCUCGAUACUGGUACAACCCAUUUGAUCAAAUCGGUCCGGUAUAACAAGGGAAGCAUAUCCGCCGAGUCCGCCAAGGUAGACCUGGAAGCUGACCCGUUCGGACUCGGGCGUGGGAAAUAUCUCUUCCUGAACCGCCAGCUCACGAAAGGUGCCGCCGACAGAUUCGCUGCAAUGGGUUAUCGUUUCGCUUCUAUCAACCAGGUAUCAGAUCUGCUAGCAAAGAACAUGGAGGUCAAACCGGAGCGAAUGCACAUUCGCUUGGAUCGCAUGAGAUCUUCGGUUUCGAGCGACCACCUUCCUCCACCUGGAGUCCAUCUUGCCUGUUUCAUGGUCCGACCGUCUGUUUCCAAGUCUUUCGACGUCCUUGUGCCUACGGCACUGCAGAACCAGCUACCUACAAGCCAGCUCAAGCUCUCUCUUCUUACGGAAUGGCACAAGCAGGCCAUUCACAAAUACGAUGAAUGGAAGCUGCGAAACGUACUCGAAGCACUUGUUCAUGCCCCAAACGAGACUGUGGGUGAACGUGACUUUCAUUUCACAUUUCAUGCCGCUCUUUUGCGGCUCAUCGACCAGGUCGGGGACAUGGAAUUCAUGAUGGAUGCAGUCUUCAGCGCGAGACCAGUCGAAAUACGUUGUCAGGAGAGUCAUGACGGCGGUGCCCUGAGUGGCAGCAGAUGCACCCUCCUCACCGUGCGGAUUAUGAACACGAUCCACGCGAAGCCCGUUCAGGGUAUGACAUACGUACCGCUGGGCUUCUUCGGCGCGCAGCAGGUGGUCGAGGCUGGUGAUCUCCGCGAAAAGGAACGUUUUGAGAGACGCGUGAGGAUGGAGUUCGGAUAUGGGAUUUUGAAAAAACCGUUUGAGACAAGCGACAUGCAGUCCCCGCCAGGUAGCCCUUGGGGAGCCUGGGGCGGCGAAAGUGGCAGAGGAAGCAUUGGUCAGAAAUGGUCUAGGCUGUGGCCUUCUUGGAGUCGCGGUGAACGAAAGGGAAGUGAAUCCAGCCACGAUAACCACGAGAACGAAGACGAAACAAGGAUCGUGAAGACGGUCGAGAUCAGUCUUAAGGAGGAGAAGGACGAGGAUGGAAGCCUCAGCAGUUCACCUGAUGUCAACCGGGCUGCCACUGCCGACCGGGACUACUCCACUGAAAGUGGCAUCGCCAGUGACGUUGACGAGUUCGAGAAGCGAGAGGUUGCCAAUCGAGGCAGAUACACGGCCGGAGUUUCGGGCGGUGCUGGAGACGGUGUGAGGUUUGCCACCAAGGGCUGCAGAUUAUCGACGGUCGGCGGUGUCGAGAUGGUCGAGAUGGAGGCCGCAGAAAAGGGUGGCUGGGUCAGUGAUGUCUUUGGCAUGUUCCGAUUAUGA